AUGUCCGUAUCAUGGGCAGCCACUUCAUACGCCUAUCGGGGUGUGGGUCCUCCGGAUGAUAUAAUAGGCCACCAGGAUGGAGCUCUACCUCUUGGACAUCGACACUUUUCUCCUACCGCUGUGUGGCAAACCAACACCGACGCAUUUGCCAUCCCGACACCCCGUUCACCUUCACCUCUAGAUAUGUUCAGCUACAAUAACAAUAUUCGCAGUGGCCGAGAAGCGGCCUACGGCAGGUCAUUCCGACCACAGUCGGCCCUCGCCAAUUUGCCCAACGAAAUCUUUUCCCGCAUCUUCGUCUUAUGCGACGACGUGUCUCUGCUCGAUGCGGCACUCGUCUGUCGUAGAUGGCUUGUACUCUCCCGACGCGCAUUCAUGACUUCAUACACUAUCGAAUCCGCCAACGACUUUAAUCGCCUUCUUCUCCUACUCCAAUCCACUAAUACGUUUCGAUCAGACUAUAUUUCCCACAUGGACAUUGCAUUCACCUCUGACGAGACGGUGGCAGGCUCCAGUGCCAUGUCCAAUAGAACCAGCCGACGCCAGCACCCGCAUGUGCCCUCAAGUGACGUGUACCGGCUACUGUCGUCGAUUCCUGUACUCGACUCUCUUCGCCUUGAUUGGGUGGGCACACGCAACACGUCUCUAGCCAACCCACUGGCUGGACCAAUGCCGUCGGUCCCCAUUCCACUCCCGCCUUUUCUCCUCCUUCCUCACAUUCUUCACCGUCUGUGCUCGAUUGAGAUUCGUGGGGGUUCCUGGCCUCUCGACAGCCUCUUGCCUGCCCUGGCCUCUAUGACGAGGCUGCGGUCGCUGACGCUGGAUAAUAUCUACGAGCCCAAUACGGAUGGAGCGGGCGGUUCUCCUGCCAUGGGGAGUGGACGCGGCAAGUCUAGUGGAAUGUAUCGCAGUCCCAUUCCGAGCAUGAGCCCGUCGUUUCAGCUCACGAAGCUGUCAUUGGCACGCUGUACGCUUUCAGGAGAUGUAUUGGCGUGGAUACUCUCCACGUCCAUGCUCUCUCUGCGCCAUUUGACGAUGAACACGAUCCGUCGUCGGGUGAGUGGGAUCACGUUUGGACGAGUGCUGGCAGGGGUUGGUCCCGCACUCGAGACGUUUCGUAUCCGGAACCAUGUCGAUUUGUUUGAACGGUGGGAUCUCGAGGGACUCGUGCAAGCUGGCCUGGGCUAUUGUUCCAACUUGCGGACGUUUGUCGUGUGGUGCGAUCCGCCACAGGCAGGGAGUAUGGCCAUAGGAGGCGCUCAGCCUUUCUCUCCACAGCCCUCUCCGGGGGUAUAUCGCGGGUAUGGAGGAGGAGGAGGAGGGUCAGGAAUUGGAUCUCCCGUCUCGCCUGGGUCGUCGUCGUCGUCGUUGGCGAUGCUUGGUGGGUACGCGCCUGCACCUGCACCUGGAACAUUGCUCCCGUUGCUCGUGUCUGUGGUUCAGCGUGGGUGGAUGCCACGGUUGACGACGCUCGUCGUUCAGCCGUCGCACAUUGACCAGUGCCCGAGCCGAGUCGAGUGCACACAGCAUUUGCUUCUCCGCGGAGUUAGACUUUACGAUGAAUGGGUUUCUGUUUGA